AUGGCCUCCCCUCUGAAACCAACCCCUGUGUUGAACAUAUCAUUUGAGCAUCUCAGCUCGGAACUCUUGGCUCUCAUAUUCGAACAACUUCGAGAUGUGGACUCGUCCUCGCUAGAGUCUGUGCGCCUAGCCUCAAGGAGGUUCGAUGCCAUAGCGACGCCAAUUGCCUAUAGGUUCUUGACCUUGAAUGAGCGUCUUGUUGCACCCGAUGCCGAGCAACGUUAUCCCAACGCCUUUCGUCACAUCUCCAUUCACACAAACCAUGUCGACGUGUCUAGUAAUCUGGACCCAGAGGGUAUUACCCGUAUUAUUCUUGGGAUCCAGAGGCUUGCCUCAAUAAGAUGGCGAUACGUUAUUGGGGCUUUCAACGCUGCUAGCAUAUGGUUACCUUCAGAUGUCCUGAAUUCUAGCCACAAGCGUUUUAGUAAGACCAAGCUUCAUGUCGAAAACCUCCCGCUCUGUGAAUUCGACAACCAUCUCCGCGACUGUUACACCCAAGCCAUCCCUCCGCACCUAUUAACGUCACUCAAACUAACGAGUGCCUCACCAACCCUUUCCACUCGACUUGGACCCUUGAAGAGCCUUCUUCUAAAAUCCCCCCAACUCCGGACUUUGCACUACGAGGACCGCGGCCAAGGUACCAGCUUCGAAUUCCAGCCUGGCGAGCGAUUGCCCCCCUUCGCCCAACUACUUUUACGGUCUUACGAUUGGAACCACUCUCCCGAGGACGUCCGAAAGCAUUGGGACUUUUCACACAUUGAGUCUUUGGAGUUGGUAUCGGUGCCCGUGUUCAACUUCCUAUCGUCAAUCUUUUUCGGGGAUCUCUCGGGCCUCCAUACAUUACAAGUGGAGGACUACAGCCAUCUACCUGAUAGGAGACAGGAAGCGACUGGUGGUCUCUACUUGCUAAUCAAGAACCAUAUCCGGGCACUCGAAGUUCUCGAUAUAACAUGCCAUACUGAAAUAUUUCCCUUGGAUGCAAUUCUAACCCAUCGACGAUCGCUUAAAGUUCUGCGAUUCCGAGACCACGUCGGCUUCGUGGACGAUGAUGGGAAGUGUCCGACAUUGUGGGAUGGCCACGUCAGGCAGCUCUCUCAACAUCUGGCAUUGGUCCAUACGCUGGAGUUAGAUAUGGACGUCGGCUUGUGUGACACGCCCGAGUUCCUCCGCGCCGUGUGUGCCUUUCCAUCCCUACACACCGUGACUUUGCACGUACAAACCCUCGUCCACCCUUUCGACGAGACCCCCGCCGUCGAGGACCGCGAUUUUAAUGCAGCUAUGCAAACAUUCCGGUUUCUUGUCCAGGGCAAGCAGCAGGGUACCUCAACGUCGUGGAGGCGAAUCACCAUCAAUGUCGGGGGCUGGAAGCGCGUCAUGGUCCGGCGACUAGGUAGUGCGUGGCAUCGGCAGAACGAGAUGGGUAUUUAUGCGGAAAGAUGUUUCGUCCUGGAGAGAGAUGCUUGGGAUCGGUUGGCAGUGCGAGAGGAGAUGUGCCUGGAAAACUCGAGUCGGCGAGCCAGCCCGGCCCCUUAA